GGAGGACAGAAAAAGAAGGAGAACCUGCUGGCUGAGAAGGUGGAGCAGCUGAUGGAAUGGAGCUCCAGGCGCUCGGUGAUCCGCAUGAACGGGGACAAGUUCCGGAGGUUCGUCAAGGCUCCCCCCAGGAACUACUCUGUGCUGGUGAUGUUCACUGCUCUGCAGCCACAGCGGCAGUGCUCUGUCUGCAGGCAAGCCAAUGAAGAGUACCAGGUGCUGGCUAACUCCUGGCGCUACUCCUCUGCUUUUUCCAACAAGCUGUUCUUCACCAUCGUGGAUUAUGAUGAAGGGGCAGAUGUGUUUCAGCAGCUGAAUAUGAACUCUGCUCCGACUUUCAUGCAUUUUCCUCCUAAAGGUAAACCCAAGAGAGCUGACACGUUUGACCUGCAGAGGAUUGGGUUUGCAGCUGAGCAGCUGGCUAAAUGGAUAGCUGACAGGACAGACGUUCAUAUUAGAGUGUUCAGGCCUCCCAACUACUCUGGUACGAUUGCCCUGGCUCUGCUGGUCUCCCUGGUCGGGGGCUUGUUGUAUCUGCGGAGGAAUAACCUGGAGUUCAUCUACAACAAAACUGGCUGGGCCAUGGCUGCUCUGUGUGUUGUGUUUGCUAUGACAUCUGGCCAGAUGUGGAAUCACAUCCGUGGACCCCCAUAUGCACAUAAAAACCCUCAGAAUGGACAAGUGAGUUACAUCCAUGGAAGCAGCCAGGCCCAGUUUGUUGCAGAAUCCCACAUUAUUCUUCUGCUGAAUGCUGCUAUCACCAUGGGAAUGGUGCUCCUGAAUGAAGCCGCGACCUCCAAAGGGGAUGUUGGAAAAAGGAGAAUAAUAUGUCUGGUGGGUUUGGGCCUGGUGGUCUUCUUCUUCAGCUUCCUGCUGUCGAUAUUCCGCUCCAAAUACCAUGGCUACCCAUACAGCUUCUUAAUUAAAUGAAUUCAAGAGGCACUCCUGUAGAGCUGCUCACCAUGAAGAUAAGCUGUGACUGAUGCUAUCUGCCCACCAGUGUUGCUCAUGUUCAGGAAUCCUUCCUUGGUUCAUCUGGUCUUGUGAUAACUUCUGUAGUAUGCUGAUAGAGAAGUGGAUGCAGUUUCAUGCAGUGACUUUGUAAUUUAUAGAAACAUAAAUCUCUCACUGGUAAGUCCUAAAGAGUUGUGAAUAGGUGGUGUGGUCAGGGCUGUAAAUAAACUUCAU